UUUGGCGCUGCUGCAGAUGCAGCAGCUAACUGCAACGCAUACGCUUCAGACCAAACGCAGCAGCCAUCCAAGAGUGUCAGAGCAGAAUAGCAGCAGCAGCAACAGCAGCAGGAGUUAAAGCGCUUGAAAUUUAGUUAAAAUUAAAGUUGCAUUUGCCAAAAGCAAAAGUUUAAAUAAAUAAGUUAGCUGGCAACAAGUUACAACAAUUAAGGGUUGCUAAAGUGCGUGCGUGUGAGCGAGCAAGCCAGCAAGCGAGAGGGAGACAGCCUGCGUGUGAGUGCAAGCAACCUUGGCCUAGUUGGUCGCACAGCAACAGUCGUUUUUAAAUGGUCGAGGAGAUUGGCUGCCUGAGACAAACUGGCGGCAUUAGUUUAGGCAUUGUCAUGCCCACAAGUCAAGGCGUUGUGCAGCAGCAAGGAGCAACAGCUCAACAACAACAUCAGCAGCAGCAACAGCAACAUCAGCAGCAGCAACAGCAGCAGCAGCAGCAACAACAUCAUCAGUUGGCCAGCAACAUGAGUAUGCUAAGCGUUAAGGGCAGUGGCGUCUCUGCUGGCGGACGUUAUCUUUGGACAGAUCAAAAGACACGCACCAAGCGAUUUUACGAAAGCUCCGAACGGUAUGAGAUACUCAUGCUGGUUUUUAUUAUGCGCAAGGGUGCGCCUUUCUGCGAAAACAAGCGUUUUCCGGCGGAAUAUUGGGUAAAUCUAUCAGUUGGCCCUAUUGCUGAAGCAUUUGAUCGCCUGCAGGCUGCCAUUGAUAUACCCGAUCCGCAGCUACCCAUACAUAUGAGCGUUACGGAUUUGACCAGCUGGAAGCAAAUGUUUGAUGUAGCCAUGGUGGAUAUUAGACGCUAUGCCUACUAUACUGAUCCCAUGCAGCUGGCCGAUGUCGGUGUUUACAAUCGCAUCACUUUCGAGCAGCGCUUCGCUAUGCAGUGGCAGGAGUAGUGAGUCCUUGACGGACAUAAAAGAAACCUUGACCCCCAAUACCCUUUAUGUUAGAGCGUUAAACGAAUCGCACUUCAUUCCAUUCGAUUCUGACUCAUUUGCAAUGUAGAACUACAGAUUAAUCUUGAUUUUAAAGUACUUUUUGCAUAUUUGUUUUUCUACAUAUUUAUUAACUGUUGAAACAAUUUUAAAAGAUAUUUAGUACAGUUUACGUGCUUUUCAAGUUAUUAGUUAACUAGUUUUUAUAUUCUUUAGUUGAAAUGACUAAUCAUAUCAUAAACAGUAAAUCAAAAAGAUUGAAGAAGUGGUUACUAUAAAAUGAUAUGAAUAGCAAUCCUUUUAUUUAAAUCUAUAGAAAAUAAUCAGUUAUUGAUACUUUCUUGACACACAGAGUUGUUGUUGGGUGACAAAGCCUGUGCCUUUUUCCAAAC